UUUGUGUUGAUGAAUUAUAUAACUCUCAUGUAGAAAGAAAUUUUUAAAAUAAUUCUAAUUUUACAUUGAAAAAAAAUUAAAGAAAAGUAUGUCAUUAGGAUUGUACGGAAUCCCUUUGGUGCUCAUUGUCUUCGGUUUGCAAAUUUAUACGGCCAUUCUACUGGGAAAGUCAUGGAUCAUUGCGAAUGCUCUGGAUCCACAGAUUUCGCGGAAGAAUCGCUAUCCUCUCGCCGCUGUGACGGAAUUAACAAUGGGACCACGCGUACGAUCUAUCGUUACUUUACUUUUGGAUUUGACAGUUUUUGGUUGUGGUGUUCCAAAUUUGCUAGUCGCUUCACAAAACUUGCAUUUGUUUGGAUUCAAAAUAUCGGAUCAGCAUUUCAAUCUCUCCUUUUGUUACUGGUUGCUAAUUGUUGGCGUUUUACUUUGCCCGUUAAUGUGGCUGGGCAGUCCGCGAGAUAUGAAAUGGGUGGCGACGUGCUCUAGCGUAGCGGUAACUUUAACGGCGAUAUUAGUAUGGUGGAGUAUCAUAACUGACGAUCGAACAUUCAACGUUGCGCCAAUAACCACUUCACCGACUUGGGACAAAUUUAUUUCCGGAUAUGCCAUACUGGCUUUUCAGUUUGAUGUGCAUCCAACUCUAAUGACGAUACAAGUUGAUAUGCGUCGCCCUCAAGAGAUCGACAAAGCUAUCUUUUUUUCUUUCAUAGCAAGCGGAUCCUUGUUUGUCGUUACGGUUUGCCUAGCUGUAUGGAAAUACGGCGAUAAUACGACCGCCAAUCUCCUCGAAGCUAUUCCCUCUGGAUCGAUUGCAAACAUUGCCAUUCUGUUAGCUGCUCUUCAGUUAUGCUUUUCCAGCGUGAUCGGUUACUCGGCGCUCUUCCAGCAUCUGGAGGAUCAAUGGAGCGUGCAAAGAACCUUUGGAUGGAAACGAUGCGCUAUGAGAUCGGCGGUGGUUUUACUCAGCGUAGUUGUGGGUGAAUCAGUGUCACGCUUCGACAUCGUCAUGGCCUUGAUUGGUGGAUCGUUAACCGGAUCGCUGGUGUUCAUGUUACCUCCCUUGAUAUACAGUCGAAUGUUAACAUUAAAAAAAUCGAUUCAAGCAGCGACCCUCGAAGGAGUUUCUCCAGGUUCUCGCAAAAGAUUCAGUGGUGAACAGGAAUACUUGCUAGAUCCCAAAGCUCAUUCACGUUCGAUCUACUAUGGUUUCCUGAAUGACACAAAUAAUCCCCGCAGUUAUACAUAUCUCUACUUCGAUGACUUGGAUGAUGAAACAAAUUCACAAUCAAGCGAAUUCGUCGAUUGCUGUGAAAAUGAACAAGACAAAGAGAAAAUCAAUCAAACACCAACUACUAGUACUCAUCAGGAGGAUCAAUUGUACCUAGUCGAUGCAGCUGAACCAACCAGAACUCGAACUAGGAAGUCUACAGGUGGACUGCAAGAAGAGACUGACGAGACGGCAAGACAAAGAAAGAAAUGGAGUCUCGAGAGGAUGAUUAAUUACUUCGGUUAUUUUAUCGUGACAAUCGGUAUAGCGAUCACACUGUCCUCGACGUACGUCAACAUUUGGAAUACUAUACGUUAUGUACGUUUUACACCGCCAUGCAUUGUCAAUACUACUGCGAACUGAAUAUAAUUUAACUUUAUUAAUUACAAUUAAGUUUACACAUUUUUAAAGAUUUAUCGAAGACGAUUAAAUGGUUGUGUAAAAGAAGUGUCGAUACUUGCUAGAAAAAAAUAUUUUUCUUUUAACAAUUUGUUUUUUUUUUUGA